AUGAAUAGGUGUCAUGUUUUCGAGCGGGUGACCUCCUAUAGCUUCCGGUUGGAGAAGUUGCCCAUCUUCCAGAGCACCUCCACAUUCCGAAGGAGGUCAGUGACUGGACAGGGUGAUGGAGCUGGACAGCUUCCGGUAAAGAGGACUUGCUGUGACUGUACAGCUUGGAUGGAGAGAAGUAGAUGGGCUGGACCCUACACAGCCCAACCCAAGGAUGUAUGGACAGCAAUGGGCCCUCCUUCUGGUCCAGCUCGUAUAAGCUCGGUUGGGGUGACGAGGUGUGGGUGGUCUGACCCGAUCAGGAUGAGUGGCGCAACCCUGGCCAUGUUGGGAAGAGGCAGUCCUCUGAGAUGAGGAUAUUGCUUCUGUAGAACACUCACCGGGCAGGAGUGCUCUGCGAGAUUCAGGCCAUCUGCCGUGAAGGCAUUGGUGAUGUUGUAGGCCACGUCCCUCUGUCCUGAAGGUGAAACGCACACCUUCACGGCAGAUGGCCUGAAUCUUGCAGAGCACUCCUACCCAGUGAGUGUUCUACAGAAGCAAUAUCCUCAUCUCAACAGAUAGUUCAGAUGAAAGAUAACAGAUUCGGUGGAUUUACGUUGAUUCGUGGACGCACAGAAUGUCUGGAUUAGACGGAGUUGGGGAAGAGAAAGCAGGAGGUCGGGCGGUGGCGAUUUCCUCCUUUUAAUGAUUUGAGAUCUGUCGGAUAUUUCCAACUGACCUAAUUAAAGCGCACUGGCCCAGCUGCGCAAGUGGCCAUGAAUUAAAGGGCGAUUCCACCAACUCCAUGGGCCUUUUCUACAGUAAUCUUAUUGUGUUACUUUUUAUUUUAUUUUUUACUUUAUUUUAUUUAGCAAAUAUUUUCUUAACUCUAUUUAUUGAACUGCAUUGUUGGUUAAGGGCUUGUAAGUAAGAAUUUCCCCGGUAAGGUCUACACCUGUUGUAUUCAGCGCAUGUGACAAAUAAAAAUUUGAUUUGAUGGAAAGAGCAGUUCCUAAUGUUUUGUACACUCAGUGUACACAUAAGAUACACUGAUGUCAUAGAUCCUCUUAAACCUGUCCAGAGUUUUGUCAUUAUCACAGAGCUCCCUCUCUUCCAAAGCUCUAAUGUACAGAGAGUUCUCAAUGUUAUAUGUCAUUGUCUCCAUUCAGUUAGUGGACUUCUCUUCUAAGUAGGAUCGUCUCUGUUCUAGCUGGAGAAUUCCCCAUCCCCCCUCCAGAGAGUAUUUUCAUGGCACAGUCACCAAUGUUUAUUAUCAUACCAUCUGUAUGACCAUACUGUAACUCAUGUUUCUCCAGGGCAGUGGGCUGCAUCGUGACUGAGCUGCUUGCCCAUAAACCUCUGCUGCCAGGGAGCUCUGAGAUCCAACAGGUGGAUCUCAUAGUGCAACUGCUGGGUACCCCUAAUGAGAACAUCUGGACGGUAAUGUCUCUCUCCUAGAGAAUCAUUGAGCUCCCUAUUUUAAGAUUUUACACACUAUAUUUUACCCGUUUAAUGUGUGGAUUUGCUAAAGGUUGAUUAACUUUACACUAUACAACAAUAAAUGAUAGUAGGGCUUCACUUGUCUUCCCCUAGUUGGACAGUAUAGUUUGAGGAAAAAACCAUACAACAAUCUGAAGAAUGAGUUCACCUGGUUGUCUGAUGCAGGGCUGUGUUUACUCAACCUACUCUUCAUGUACAAUCCCCUACACAGGUAACUACCAAAUAACAAACCUGCAAAGCAUUAUACCUUCAUGAAGACACCCACACACAGUUCUACACAUUCUGUCAUUCACAUAUUUACACUCUCCUUCAAUAUGGUAUACACAGAAACCUUAAAUGAAGACAUUUAUACUUCCUUUCACUCCUGCAAGGCUCACAAGUGUUUCUUGUUGUCUCUGUCAGGGCCACAGCUAAGGACUGCUUGGAGAGUUUCCUACUUAAAGGAGAAACCUUUACGUAA